UCCAUUUUUUUCAUCUAAAGCUUUUCUUUCUCUUCUCAUUUUUCAAUCCCACGUCUCUACAAAGUUCGUACCAGCUUUUACGAGGUUUUUGUGUGGAGCCUUGCAUCAGCUGACACUACUUGAAAGGAGAAACCUGUGAUCGCAGCCAUGUCUCCCCCCUCAGGGAACAUCAAUAACGGUUCUGAAAGUGCUGCUGAGGUUAAUUGGGAUGAACUUGGAUUUAAUUUAGUUACCACAGAUUACAUGUAUGUCAUGAAAUGUGCAAAAGGAGAUAAGUUUUCAGAAGGAUCACUGCUUCCUUAUGGUAACAUUGAGAUCAGCCCUUCUUCUGGGAUAUUAAACUAUGGACAGGGAAUCUUUGAGGGGCUUAAGGCACACAGAACUGAAGAUGGGCGUAUACUUUUAUUUCGACCAGAUGAGAAUGGUCUACGCAUGAAGAGAGGGGCAGAUAGAAUGUGUAUGCCAUCCCCAUCUGUUGACCAGUUUGUCAAUGCUGUAAAGCAGACAGUUCUUGCCAACAAACGAUGGGUGCCUCCUGUAGGAAAAGGGUCACUAUAUCUUAGGCCCUUGCUCAUUGGAACAGGACCACUGUUAGGUUUGGCACCAGCUCCUGAGUAUACUUUCCUUAUUUACUGUUCUCCAGUUGGCAGUUACCACAAGGGUGCACUGAACUUAAAAGUGGAGGAUAAACUAUAUCGAGCAAUAUCUGGGAGUGGAGGAACUGGAGGGAUCAAAAGUGUCACCAAUUAUGCCCCUGUUUAUACUGCAAUAACUGAUGCAAAGGCCAAUGGAUUCUCCGAUGUGUUGUUCUUGGACUCAGCAACAGGAAAAUAUAUAGAGGAGGCAUCAUCAUGCAACGUAUUUGUUGUGAAGGGCAACACUGUCUCCACUCCUUCAUUAGAUGGAACCAUCCUGCCUGGUAUCACACGAAAAUCCAUCAUUGAACUUGCCAUUGAUUUGGGUUAUCAGGUAAUGGAACGUGCCGUAUCAGUGGAGGAAAUGCUAGUUGCUGACGAAAUGUUCUGCACAGGAACUGCAGUGGUUGUUAACUCUGUUGCAUCUGUCAGCUAUAAGGAAACAACGAGGGAUUACAAAACAGGGCCAGAAACAUUGUCUGCAAAAUUACGCAAAACACUGGUUGGAAUUCAAACAGGGUGUCUUGAAGAUACAAAGUCAUGGACAGUCACAAUCUCUUAAAUGAAGAUAACUUCUGUUUCAUCCUAACAAGUUAUUAUUUGAA